CUUAUUGAGGCCCACAGCGGAAGAAGACUUCAGAACUUUCUUUCUUUCUCUUUUCCGUGUUGGUUCCAUCUUUUGAUGUUGUAAAACAGUUUUGUGCAACCAAAACCGAGUAGAAUUUUAGAACCACAGAGGAGAAUUCUCUAGACGAUCUGGGUUUUGUUCGAGUGCUUAGUUGUUGAGGUCAAUGGCCGUAGUAGUUGAGGCGUUUCUUUCUGCUGCUUUUGAGAUUGCUCUUGAAAAUUUGGCUUCACCAAUCUUGAAAGAAUUUGGAAGCCGGCUUGGCAUCGAUAAAGAUCUCAAGAAACUGACCAAAACUCUUUCAAAAAUACAAGCUGUGCUGAAUGAUGCUGAGGCAAAGCAGAUCAGUGAUAGGACAAUCAAAGAUUGGCUUAGUGAGCUCAGAGAAGUAGCCGAUGAUGCAGAUGAUUUGCUAGAUGAAGUUGCAACGGAGGCUUUUCGUUGUAACCAGAAGAAAGAGGAAGCCAAUUUGCUCUCCAUAUCAAAAGAUUUUCUAUACAAAACAGGGUUAGCUCCUAGGAUCAAGAAAAUCAACGAAAGACUAGAUGAAAUUGCUAAAGAAAGGGACGAUCUUGGUUUGAGAGCGGGGGUUGCCGUAGCAUGUAGAGAAUUGAAGGACAGGGAGAGACUGGAGACUACUUCUUUGAUGGAUGAGUCUAAGGUUUUUGGUAGAAUCGAGGACGUGGAGAAGAUAGUGAACUUGUUAAUUUCUGAUGAGUGUUGUGGAAAUGAUGUUGGGGUUGUUCCUAUUGUGGGCAUGGGAGGCCUAGGAAAGACAACUCUUGCUCAGCUUGUUUUCAAGGAUCCCUUGAUUUCUAAGCAUUUCGAGCUUAGAUUAUGGAUUUGUGUGUCUGAUGACUUUAAUGUUCGAAGGCUCACACAAUCAGUUUUGGAGAAGAUUGAGAGGAAAAGUUAUGAUUUUACGAAUUUGGAUACCCUUCAAACUAGUCUCCGUGACAAGUUGAAAGGGACAAAGUUUUUGGUUGUUUUUGAUGAUGUGUGGAAUGAGAAGGAAAGAGACUGGGAAUUGUUGCGUCUUCCUUUCAGAGCAGGAGCGUUGGGAAGUAAAAUCAUUGUGACGACACGAAGUAAAAAGGUUGCUACAAUCAUGGGCACUUUACCAACUCACCAUUUGGAAGUUCUUUCUGUUGAUGAUUCCUGGUUGCUGUUCAAACAAAGGGCAUUCUUACAUGGGGAUGAAGCUCCAUAUCCAAAUUUAGUACCAAUUGGCAAGGAAAUUGUGAAAAAAUGUCGAGGUUUGCCUCUAGCAGCAAAGACACUGGGAGGACUCCUGCGUACAAAAACUGAAGUUAGCGAGUGGGAGAUGAUCUUGCGAAGUAAUGUGUGGGAUUUGGAAGAGGAGGAAAAUGAAAUCUUACCUGCUCUUACGCUAAGCUACAAUCAUCUUCCAGCACAUCUUAAGCAAUGUUUUGUGUACUGCUCAAUAUUUCCAAAAGAUUACAAUUUCGACAAGGAAAAUUUAGUCUUGCUGUGGAUGGCAGAAGGCUUUAUUCUUCCUAAUGGCAGGCGAAGGUUGGAAGAUGUUGCUUCUAACUAUUUUGAUGAUUUGUUGCUGAGGUCUUUCUUUCAGCAAGAAAAAACUAAUCCAAAGAAGUUUGUUAUGCAUGACUUGAUUCAUGACCUUGCACAGUCUGUAGGUAUGGAAACGUGCUUCAGGUUGGAAGAUGGGCAGCUACCUAAGAUCUCAGAUAAAUGCAAGCAUUCAUCUGUCUUAGUCAACACAUUUAAGUCAGUCCCGUUUGAGGUGUACUCAAAGAAAGACUUGCGAUUGCGGACAAUGCUUCUGCUUUGCAAUAAAAUUUCACAUGAGACCUCUAAUAUGAAUAUCCUUCAUGAUUUGAUAUGCUCUUUGAGAUGCCUUCGUUCACUGGGUAUGAGCCAUUUCUCGAUAGAAGAGAUACCCAAUUCAAUUGGAGACUUGUUGCAUAUGCGGUAUCUUGACCUCUCUCACACUGAUAUAAGGCAGCUACCCGAAUCAAUUUGCAGCCUUUGUAAUCUGCAGACAUUAAUUCUUGCCAACUGCAAUAAACUUCUUACUUUGCCAGAAAGUACAAGAGAUUUGGUUAAUUUACGGCACCUUGAUUUGACGGACUGUUGGCAUCUCAAAUCCAUGCCACCAUCCUUUGGGAGACUCACUUCUUUGCAAAGGCUGCCUAGAUUUGUUUCUGGAAAAGGAGUUGGGUGUGGAAUCAGCGAGUUGAAGAACCUGAAUGAACUUCGAGCAACGCUUUGUAUUGAUAGGGUUGAGGACACUCUGAAUGUUGCAGAUGCAAAGGAGGCUAGCUUGAAGAAGAAGCAAUACACACAGAAGUUGGUGCUGAGAUGGAGUCGAAAUCGUAGCCUUGAGGAUGGGACUGAUGAGGAGUUGCUUGAAUGUCUUGAACCUCACAACAACCUUAAAGAAUUAACAAUUGAUGUAUAUCCUGGAGCCAAGUUUCCAAGUUGGAUGGGAGAUUCAGUUCUGUCUCAUCUCGAGACUAUUGAAUUAGUCCAUUGUAACUACUGCAAAACCCUCCCUUCUCUUGGUCAGCUACCAUUUCUCAAGCAUCUCACUAUUCGUACAAUGCAAGAUCUUGAAAGCAUUGGUCGCGAGUUCUAUGGAGAGGGUAAGAUUAAGGGGUUCCCUUACUUAAAGAAACUAAAGCUUGAAGACAUGAGAAGUUUGAAGGAAUGGCAAGAAAUUGAUGAUGGAGAAUUCCCAGUGCUUGAGGAGCUUUCCGUUUUGAACUGUCCUCGCAUUUCAAGUCUUCCAAAAUUUCCAUCACUGCAAGGUCUGUUGCUAGAUGAUUGUCAUGGGUCAGUAUUGAGUUCAGUGCAAUUCUUUACCUCUCUAUCAUCGUUGAAGAUUUUUAACUUUCGGAAAACAGAUUUAUUACCUCAAGGCCUUCUGCAACAACUAACUGCACUUAAAGAAUUCAAAAUUCAGCACUUUUACAGGCUCAAAGCAUUGCAAGAAGAGAUAGGCUUACAUGAUCUUCAGUCGCUUCAGCACUUGGACAUUUUAUGCUGUCCAAAGCUACUGUCAUUUGCAGAGAAAGGGCUUCCUAUAAAGCUGCAACAUCUGUCAAUUAGUAUGUGCAGUAAUUUGAAGGAACUGCCUUGUGGGCUACACAACUUGACCUCUCUUGAAGAGUUGAAUGUUUCAAAGUGUCCUAACCUAGUUUCUUUUCCUGAAGAGAAGCUACCAAGCUCACUAAAGAACUUGAGACUUUCAGCAUGUGCUAACCUCGAAACACUUCCUUCGUGUCUCCAUGAGCUCCCAAAUCUUGAAUCUUUGAGUUUGCAUUCUUGUCAAAAACUAGCAUCCUUACCGGUUUCAGGAUUAUCUGUCUCGCUUCGUUCAUUGUCUAUCGUGGAGUGUGCAUUAUUGGAAGAGAAGUGCGCAAAAGGUGGUGAAGAUUGGGCAAAGAUAGCACAUAUUCCAAAAAGGCACAUUUCAUCGUUAUGAAUGAUGUCCAAGAUUGGAAAUGAAGCUGCAUGUGGAGGACAAAAAGGAAACGAAUUUCCUGGCCUGAAGGCAUUCUGCUAAUUAUUCCAAGAGAAAUUUGAAACAUAAACUGUUUUUUUUUUUUUUUUGUUGGAAUUGUUAGGACUUGUAUCUAUUCCAUGUAAGUUGUCUUGUAUCUAUUCCAUUUAAGUUGUGAGAGAUGGGGAAAGGAUGAAAAAAGGGUUGCUUCUGGGAAUUUAAUUACAGAGUUUUUUGAUGGAGAACUGAUCUCCUCCUCAAAAACUGAAAAUUUGGUUACAUUUCAAACAGUGUUCUUUCAAGUACUUGAGAAGAUAAUAGUCAAAUAGAUUGAGCAUAUGAGCACCGCAGCUUCUUUCACGUGA